AUGAUCCUUCCUUCUGGUAGUCUUGUAUGGCACAAAAGAUCCGAUGGUGAUGGAUCAGGGGAGCUUUCAACUCAGGAUCAGAUCAUCAUUGGAGUCGUCGUUGGAGGCGUUGCUGUCAUUGCCAUCACUGCAGGGAUUGUAUUCGUGAUCUGGAAGAAACGCAGAUGGGAUCGUAUCCAGCGACACGAAGAGCAGCUUCUCGCCUACCAUCUGCCUCCAACCUAUAAAGUCAACACGCAUCCAUCACGGCCUCAAUCCUACUAUAAUCCCGUUAGAGAAACCGACCGUCCCCCAACGUAUCAUCAGACACUAUCAUCUUCACUCCCUGUAUACGAUCCCUCCAAGUACCAGGAUCUCCGUCCAACCUCCAUCCAAGUCCAACCAGUCUACUCUCCCAAUAACGGUAGAAGAUCAUCACAUUUGCCGCCUCCACCAGAGAAUCGUCCUUUCUCGUUCAUCCACAGCUCACCGGAGUAUACCAGGGAUUCUGCCCUGCUCUCGGCUCGAGGUCCCUCGCCAGAAGAUGACUUGCGACCGUCGAUGCACUUGGAUAGUAACAUUUCCUACCCUACGGGCCAAUUGUCUGUAGAAUCACCUUCUAUUCCGUUAGUGGAGGGAAUGCGACCUCCGCGGAGGCCUAAACCGGUGCUGUCCAGACUGAUCACCAAUUUUGGCUGA